AUGAAGACCACAGUGAACCAUGGGAGGAAACAGACAUAUUGUACAGCAUACAGUACUUAAAUAACAUACCUACUGUAUGUUAAGGGGAGGGACUUAUGGUAGAGGAGGGGCUGAACAAGCAGUAUAGAAACAUAAAAACAGGAGGAAACUUUCAGAGACCGCUUGGAUCUGUCUGUCAGUAUGUCUCUGUUCAUCUAAGAUGGUGUUGCUGUAUUCAGUGUUGUUCCUGACCAUAUUUAUUGAUAGGCAAUACAAUACAAAACAAUACAGUACAAUUCAAUUCAAUACAAUGCAUUGCCAUAAUUGUCCAUUUGAAAUCAAUUCCACUUCAAAUAUAUUUUCAUUAACAAUUAAAUGUGUGUUUAAAAACCAUUCUCUAUGCAGGUGUCAGUUGUGAGGACCUCACUCCACUCAAGAAAGAAGAGUUCUGUUUAGAGGGAACCCCUGUUACCCUGUCUUACAACUACUCCAGAACAGCUACUGGUGGAGAUUAAAUAUAUUGGUAUCACCAAGACACAGCACAAAGGCCAGAGUUCCUCCUGUACAUCUCAGGUUCAGGGUUUAUAAAGAAAGCAGAUCCUUUGACCACUCGAAUAUCUGCAAAACUGAAUGAAGAGAAAAAACGUUUGGAACUGGAGAUGACAGGCUCUGCUCUGUACUACUGCUCUGUGAGGCCCACAGUGACAGGAAACCUAAACACACUGUACAACAAAAAAAAAACUCAGAAGGGACCACAUCAGCAGGAAGUUAUCUGGUUGCUUUUUUAA